GCAAAGAGAGAGAAAGAGAGUAGAGAGUAGAGAGCGAAAGAGAAAGAGUAGAGAGAGAGUAGAGAGAGAGAGAGAGAGAGAGAGAGCGCACGCGCCCACAAUGUGGAGGGGAGUCGCCGCGCACUCUCCUCUCCUCCUACGAGCCCUUCCUCCUCCUCCUCCUCCUACCCUGCUUCUUGUACCCACCACCAACACCACCACCACCACCACCUCUCUCGCCCCUCUCCUCAGAGCCUCCUCCCCUGCGCCGCCGCGGCUCCGCCGUGUUGCGGCGGCGGCGGCGGCGAUGCACGACGGCGCCGCCGCCGCCCUCGUCAUGGGCGGCGCCUACUCCCUCGUCCUCGCCUUCGAUAAGCUCUCCGAGAGGCAUAUCGUCGAACAGAGCUUAAGCAGAAAGAUAGUGCAUGUACUCUCUGGGAUCCUUUUUAUGUCCUCCUGGCCAUUUUUUAGUUCGUCGGCGGCAGCGCGGUAUUUUGCUGCUAUUGUUCCUCUCUUGAAUUGCAUUAGGCUUCUUACCCACGGCCUCCGCCUUUUUACCAAUGAAGCUCUAAUCAAAUCGGUUACGCGCGAAGGAAAACCCGAGGAACUACUUAGAGGUCCAUUAUACUAUGUCAUAGUACUGUUGUUUUGUGUUUUAGUUUUCUGGCGCGACUCUCCGGUAGGGGUUGUGUCAUUAUCUAUGAUGAGUGGUGGUGAUGGAUUUGCCGAUAUUGUCGGUAGAAGGUAUGGUGCAAUAAAGCUUCCCUAUAAUAGGAAGAAGAGCUGGGUUGGGAGCAUUUCCAUGUUUUUAUCCGGCUUCGUUUUCUCCAUUGGGAUGCUGUUCUACUUCUCAUGUUUUGGGUACAUCUGUUUGGAUUGGGAGCGAGCAAUUUGGAAAGUAGCAUUGGUUUCUUUUGCAGCUACUUUGGUGGAAUCACUUCCUAUUAGUGACGUCUUGGAUGAUAACAUAUCUGUCCCUUUGGCAAGCAUGUUAACAGCCUUUCUCGUUUUCGGUUCUAGUCCGCAGUGAGCAAUCCUUACUCUCUGCGGCAUUUUCUUCUAUCAUAUUGAAUGGUUUUUUUCAGUUCAUUCAACACCGCUAACAUUAUGUGUUGAUCUUCUUCAUCUGAUCUACUAAAAACCGAUCUGCGAAAAGUUUCUUUCUGUCUCCUACCACCUAUGGCAAUGAUUCUACAGGUAAUGACCUGCGGCAUUAGUUUUAAAGGGACACGUGCAUAGUUUUGCAUAGGAGAGUGUGUUUCUUUGAGGGAUAAAUGCAACGGACCCCCCCUGAACUAUUGCGAUGGCCACAUGAGUUAUUUUAAUUUUGACAGAAAUAAGAGCUUAUGGGAUUGAUUGAAAAAGCAGAUUGUUCAUGUACUUCGAUCUGAAUUUUCAGAAGUUCAUGUGGCCAUCUGUAGAGGUGCGAUUGUUCAGCGAGUCGAGUGCAUUUUCCUCCUUUGUUUCAGUUGUAUAUGCUACAAAGAUUAGUGUGUAUAUAUUAAACAGUUCCAUGUUUAAUUAUACUCUCGAUGCUCGGAUGUUUUCUUUGUGCAA